AUGGAUAAGGACAUGGACGCAAUCUAUGCCAACGAUGAAUUCAUCAAGUGUGUCCGCCACACAUGUUCAGAAGUGGACUCAGGUGCCAAGAGGUCUCAGACGACGAGGUCUCAUGGAGCUGCUGCUGCUGCCGUCUACCUCUCUCUGGUCCUGCUCAGCGCGUUCCUGCUGGCUGCACUUGUCGGCCUCGGUGUCCACCACCAUGACUCCGCACAGCACUGGGCUGCUGUAACAGUCAACCUCGCUGAGCGUCUCCAAGUCGCUGAAAACAAGAGAGACCUGCUGACUGAUGAACUCGCCAACAAGACCAAAGAGCUGCAGGAGUUUCAGAGUCGGAUUCCACACUUGAUGCCUUGUCCCAAUGGAUGGACAAUGUUUCAGUCGUCCUGCUAUUUUCUCUCCUCGACGUCCGGUUCUUGGGAUCACGGCAAGAGUGACUGCAGAAAGAGAGGAGCUGACCUGGUGAUCAUAAGCAACACUGAAGAGCAGAAAUUCAUGUCUAAACUCAGCCCUCAUGACAUUUGGAUUGGUUUGUCAGACAGAGAGCAUGAGAAUACCUGGGAAUGGACGGAUGGAAGUCCUCUUACUUUGAGGUUUUGGCGAAACCAGCAGCCAGAUAACGGCAAUGGAGAUGCACGGUACGGCGAGGAGGACUGUGGAACUCUCCUUGCUAAAAAGGAUGUUAAUACCAACUGGAAUGAUCUGUCAUGUGAUGCCUCCCUGCACUGGAUCUGUGAAAAAAAAGCCUUGAUAUUGAGUGAAAUUUAAAGUUUGGUUCAUAAUUAUGCAGCGUAUGUUACAAUUGUUCGCUCACAUGAAUGUUUUGUCAUUUAAUUUUGCUUUAAGGUAAAUAUAUGUUCACCUUUGUUCAAGUCACAUUAGUGUAUUUCUGUAGAUUUGUCUUUUUCUUGUGAGAAAUGAUUGUUAUCAGGGCUGUGGGUUUUUUUCUUUUCUUGUUCUUCCUCAAAGUAAACAGAUACAGAGUGAAACCAGUCUUUAAUCUGCCAUACAUACUGCGCAGAAUAUUUUUUACAUCUAUUUACAAUAGGUAUUUAUCCAUCUUAUUCUUGGCUGUGCUACUGUUAUUUUCUGUUAAACGAUUAUUUGUAGUAGUUCCAGUGAAAGGUGCAGUGCGACACUUUUUAACCAGUAGCUAAUAACACAUGUUUUCUUUCUCUCACUGCUUUUUUGUUUUGUUUUUUUGGAAUAAAGGCCUUUUUAUUUGCUUUUCAACCAUA